AUGGACGAUGAUCUCCGUAUAACUCCCCGCCAGAUCUGGGCGAAUCCGACAACGACCUCGACCAAAACCUAUUCGUCCGGAUGUACGCCGUUUGUAUUGCCUAGCGAUGGAAUUAUCCAUGUGAACAAGUCUUAUGAACUGACACUCACGAAAAAUGCCGUCUUCGAACCGGUUUGUACUGGCAACUCUUAUGACUACACACAUGUUGCCGCUGUUCUCGAUACCCGCGAUCCGUUUUACUCCUCCGUCACGCCACAGCUCUACGCUAUCGGUUGCUGUACUGUCGUCAGCUACAUCCUCGUUAUAAUUUUACUUAUCACCCCCCGCACGUUUUUCGUUGGAGGCCCCGGUGGUGGCGGCGUGAAUUUCCUCGGACGACAUAGCAUGAUCAGUAGGUCAUACAGCAGGAACUCAUCGAUCGUCGGUAUCGGCGGCCGGCCAUGGCUGCAGAAAGUGGCGGCAUUUCUCGUUGCCAUUUCGUUGACAAUCGCCACGGUUGACUCUUUCAGAGUUGCUGAGAUCCAAUACCAAUAUGGAUACUCGGAUGCCGAGGCACUCUCUGAGGAAGUUAUUGACGGGCUGGAGAUUCGUAUUGUGCGUGUCAUUUCGCAAACCUUUCUCUGGCUGGCACAGGUCCAGACUUUGAUUCGACUGUUUCCGCGACAUAAAGAGAAAGUCAUGAUAAAAUGGGCUGGGUUUGCCCUGAUUGUCCUAGACACGAUCUUCAGUAUCUUGGAGAGCUUCUUCUUCAAGAACAGCUCCACUCAUCCAAGAUUAUACGAUGAUGCGAUCCCGGCGUUAAGUUAUUUGUUUGAGUUGGCUCUCAAUUUGCUAUACGCCGCAUGGGUGAUUUUCUACUCGAUUUCGAAGCACCGAUAUGCGUUCUUCCAUCCAAAGAUGCGCAACAUCUGCUUUGUGGCACUUUUAUCACUAUGUGCUGUAUUGAUCCCGGUGGUAUUCUUCGUCAUGGAUAUUGCAAAACCGGAGAUCGCCGGCUGGGGUACCUAUAUUCGGUGGGUCGGAUCAGCAGCGGCCAGUGUGGUAGUAUGGGAAUGGGUGGAGCGCAUAGAAGCGCUUGAACGUGAUGAAACCAAGGACGGGAUUCUUGGACGAGAAGUAUUUGACGGUGAUGAAAUGCUUGAAGUCACUCCAUCCGAAGAGGUUGACUGGCCGCGAUAUCCACCCCAUGGUCAAGAUAAAGGAGGUGGAAACGGCGCUUCUUCAGCCUGGGGUGGAGUCAGGAAUCUAGCUCAUCGACCACUACGAACUCGUGUUGGAAUCAACCGAGGGAACCGCAAUCGCGGAGCUGGCGGUCCACCACCCACGAAUAGUAUCGCAGCACCAAGACGCCAGAAUCAUCGACCUACCCCACCUCCCGCAGUUAUCACCCCUGUUAGUCGAGCUGACACCAGUAGUGCUCCCAGCACAGUAUAUAAUGUUCGGUAUCAUCCAGUCGCCAGUCCUACGCCACCUGUUGCGAUGCCACACAUGGAGGAAGAGGCGGAAUUGGAAGAAGGCAAAGAAAUUGAGAUUGAGACAUAUCUCGGCCCAGACUGCGGAGAAGGGGAAGAGCAUGCUCCUGUCCAAGAUGGCAGGGAGCAAUCACAACAGAUGAUUCAAUCCGAUCCGCGAUGGCGCAAUCUCAUCAACCAUUUCAAGCGAAGACGCGGCUCUCUCCCAAGAGAGGUCGCCUUUGCGCAAGCUGGUGAGGAACCAGCAGACGAAGGUGACUCUGAUUCCGCGGCCGAGGAUCACGAGCAAAAUACGACACAUUCAAGAUCUAACAAUAAUUUCUUCUCGCUGCAUCGGCCGCGACUUGCCGGUGCGGGGCCUCAACCUGCAAAUGCGCCAUUGGCCGUCACAGUUAUUCCUGCACGUCGCCGUGGACAACAGACUUGGUCCCCUCAACCUCGGGAUUCUCUGCUGGAAACAACUCCCAGUCAAGCUGAGCAACCCCGGCCGGGUCACUCUAAUUUACCGGUUAGAGUGAUUCCUUCUCAGCCACACGCAUCUGCACCAUGGGGCGAGGCGGACAUGGAGAAUGGAGAUGGGGACUACGUUCUUCGCUAUGACCCCGAAGCUGCUGCUUUAGUUCAUGAGCAUGUGAGCCAUGCGCAAGAAGGGCCCAAUAGUGACCGGGCUAGUUGGACAGCGAUGACCGUCUCGGAGGUCGAUUCACAUCAUGAUUAUGAACCCCAAGAUCCACAGCAUCAUAACCAUGGCAACGCAUCUUGA